CUAGACUUCAAAACUGUGGUUCUUCUUGCUGCUUUGACUGUACAUAAAAGACUGACAGAUGGAAGAAGGAGGAAGACCGGACCCCCGGCUGACACAGACUGACAUGAUCUGGCUGUUUCAGCGGACCUGAACAUCUCUAAGAACUGCUCCAACAGAACAGAAGGUUUCAAGGUUUGAUUACUUUCAAGAUGACUGACCGCCAGCACUGAAAUCCAGGUCAAGUUGGAGGGAGUUUACGCACUAAGUUGGAUACAACUGGAGUCGCUAUGGAUUUGUAUCAAUGUUUUAGCUUGCUUUUCAUAACAUUUCCUACACAAGUUUGUUCCCAAGUUGGACCUCGAGCCCAUGCUGAAGAGAGGCUCCUCCAGAAUCUGUUUGCAAAUUACAACAAGCUUUCAAGGCCGGUAAAAAACACUUCAGACACAGUGCUAGUACACUUUGGACUGUCCAUUGCCCAGCUAAUUGAUGUGGAUGAGAAGAACCAGAUGAUGACCACAAAUGUUUGGGUGAAACAAGAGUGGAACGAUUACAAACUCCGCUGGAACCCAGAGGAAUACGAAAAUGUCACCUCUAUCCGUAUACCCUCAGAGAUUAUCUGGAGGCCCGAUAUUGUCCUCUACAACAAUGCUGACGGCGACUUUGCAGUAACUCACCUCACGAAGGCUCAUCUGUUCUAUGAUGGACAGAUAAAGUGGAUGCCUCCGGCCAUUUAUAAGUCUUCUUGCAGCAUAGAUGUCACAUUUUUCCCUUUUGACCAGCAAAGCUGUAAAAUGAAGUUUGGUUCUUGGACCUAUGAUCGUGCUAAGAUAGAUCUGAUCAGCAUGGCCAGUGAUGUGGACCAGAUGGACUACUGGGAGAGUGGCGAGUGGGUCAUUGUAAAUGCAGUGGCCAAGUACAAUACAAAAAAGUAUGAGUGCUGCACAGAGAUUUAUGCAGACAUCACUUACUACUUCAUCAUUCGGCGGCUUCCACUGUUCUACACUAUUAACCUUAUCAUUCCUUGUCUGCUUAUAUCCUGUUUGACUGUACUGGUGUUUUAUCUGCCAUCGCAAUGUGGAGAGAAGAUUACCUUGUGUAUUUCAGUCUUACUGUCCCUAACAGUGUUUCUUCUGCUGAUCACAGAGAUUAUUCCAUCUACAUCACUAGUGAUACCACUGAUUGGUGAAUAUCUGCUGUUCACUAUGGUGUUUGUCACCCUCUCCAUCAUAAUUACGGUGUUUGUGUUGAACGUACAUCACAGAUCACCUCAAACACACAGCAUGCCUCACUGGGUGCGAAGAGUUUUUUUGGACUUAGUACCUCGAAUCCUGUUCAUGAAACGUCCACCAGGCACAGCCAAGCAGCACUGCAAGAAGCUUAUUGAGAUGAUGCACUGUCCAACAACAAUAUCUUCAGCAGGCAACUCACAGGCCUUUUGGGCAGGAUUAGGAACAGGGUUAAGACAAAUGACUGAAGUAGAAACACUCCCAAAGACUCCUUCUGACAGUCCCAGAAUCCUUGUGUGCUCCCCCUCGCCACCCUCUUCAACUUUCGCAGACCACAGUGAGGAUGAUAAUCCUCUGAAAGCUAACAUUUUCUGCCAAACAACAUCUGGUCAGUAUUCAGUUCUAUCAGAGAAACAGCCUCUACACGUACACAACUCUGCAGCCAUGUCUGCAUCACAGUUUUCCUUACCCCCAACUUUACCACUAGGCCCACUCCACAGCCUGUCUAAGGAAAAACAAAGUACACUGGCUCCAAACGGUCGCUCCCUCAGUGUAGAGCACAUGUGCAAUCAACAGAAGGAGCUCCCUCAGAGAUCUGGACAUCUAUGCCGCUCCCACAGCUUCCAGUACUGCUGUCUGCAUGACAAUGGAGUCAUGGGAACCACAGGGCAAGCGAAAAAAGUAGCCCCUGCAGAAGACUUGCCAGAAAUCCUUACAGCAGAGGCCAGAAAAGAUGCAAGUGUCCAGCAGAAUUCUGCAAUUCCAACCAUUUCUCCAGCUAUGCAACGAGCCAUAGAGGGAGUUCAGUACAUCGCUGAUCACCUCAGGGCAGAGGAUGCAGACUUUUCAGUGAAGGAGGACUGGAAGUAUGUGGCCAUGGUCAUUGACAGGAUAUUUCUCUGGAUGUUUGUAUUGGUGUGUAUUCUGGGAUCUGUGGGACUCUUUCUUCCUCCUUGGCUGGCUGGAAUGAUCUAGAAAAUGCAUCAAGUACAGUGGGAACAUACAAGAGGAUGUACUGCACAUGCUGUAAAAACAUAGUUUUAUCAUUAAUCUUCUUUAUCUUUAUGUUAAAAGAACUACAAGUCAUUUUUCUUGCUUUCAUCCUUUGUUAUCAAAAGGUUACCCAUGGAGAAAUAAGAUGAAAUAUCUAACACUGAUCCCAGUGGGCAUAUAAAUUCUUUAUGAGGGCAGAGGGCAACAGCAAAAAUAUCCCGCUGUGCCACUUCAUUUUGACAUUGAGCUGUAGAGCUUAAGCUGUCUGUACAAAAACUUUGAAAAAUAGACUUUCAGCAAUUUAAAAUGUUGAUAACACCACAAAACCAAGACUCAAAACACUGACAAUAACGCAAUUAACAUUAACUGCUUAUACCAAACAUUCAUAAAGAUCAUUUAAAAAGUAACCAGAUUUCUAUAAAACCUUGUCAGAAGUCUAGUUGAUGGAUUUCUGCAUGCUUCAACUUUGUCCCAACACAUCUACUGUUUUUUUUUUUUAACACAAUAUUGAUAUAAAUCCAAUAAUUCAGCAAAGCCAUUGUCAUACAAAGAGAGAGAGAGAGUAUUGUUCAAGCUCACACAAGUAAUUUAUUCUUUUAUUCUUUUCAUAUCAGCUUGGCUUUUGUAGCUUUGUUGAAAGGUAAAUUCAGGGAUUUUCUUUGCAUAGACCUUAUUUUUAUUCAUAUUUGGUGAAUACACUUAACCUUAAAAUUCAAACAGUAAACAAUCUAUAAAAAUA